AUAAAAUUAUUUUCAUUGUAUCGAAUGAUACACUUGAUGCACUUUUGCUAACUCCAACAAAUUGAUUUUUAAAUGAAAAUUAUGGCGAUUUUGCAGACCAUUUAUUAUCGUUUAAUUCGUGAAACGAUUAUUCCUUUGCUGCUUAUGAUUAUUACACCGAAUGCAGCUAUUCUAUUACCAUACAUUGUCAUCUAUCAAAGAGCUGAAUUAAUUUCAACAUUCAAGAAAUAUUCGGUAUUGAAUUUAGUAAAUCAUGUUUGGUCUUCGAUAGAUUUUUUUGAUGGCGAAUGUUGGUCGAUAGUUAUUAUCACAUUAAUCUGGGCACUACUUUCUUUAUUGAUAAUACCGGGUAAAAAAUAUUAUGGACCGACAACAAAUAAUUUUCGUCCACAAUAUUGGCAUACUGGAUUUAAAUUUUAUCUAAUUUCAAUGGUUAUCACCGUACCGAUUAUUUGGCAUUAUUCUGUAUUACAUUUGUAUUACAAAAUUCCCAAUCUGAUUGCUAUUCUAGUGGUUUUUGGUUUUGUUUUCUGUCUAUUUCUGUUUUUUAAAGGUUUGAUCGCACCGGAUCCUGGCCUGUAUGAUAUGACCGGAAAUCCUAUAUUUGAUUUCUAUUGGGGUAUUGAAUUGUAUCCACAAUUAGGUGAAUAUAUUAGUCUUAAAGUUUUGAUCAAUUCCCGUUUCGGACUUUGGCUAUGGCAAUUAAUCGUUUUGAUCUGUUGGAAAGCUCAUUAUGAGCUAUACAAUAGUCAAUAUGGAAAAGGAAAUAUCAUUUAUCCAAUAACAACAUCAACAUUAUUGACUACAAUUUACUUGGCCAAAUUCUAUUAUUGGGAAGAUGGAUAUAUGCAAACAAUCGAUAUUUGUGUCGAUCGAUUUGGAUUUAUGAUUGCCUGGGGCUGUAUAGCGUUUGUUCCCGGUUUUUUUACAUUGCCUAGUCUUUAUCUUGUCAAAAAUUCACCUAACAUCAGUUAUAUUGCCAUUAUCAAUCUAUUUAUAUUUGCACUUGGUACAUUUUCAAUUAUUGCCGAAUAUAUAGCCGAUUAUCAGCGGCAACUAGUCCGACAAACUAAUGGCGAUUGUUUAAUUUGGUCAAAAAAACCCGUAAUUAUUCGAGCUAAAUACAAAGACUCGAAAAAUGUCGAACGAAAUUCCGUUCUAUUAGCAUCUGGAUUUUGGGGUUUAGCUCGCCAUACAAACUAUGUUUUGGAAUUGUUAAUUGCAUUGGCGAUUGGUGCUCCAGCAUUGGCUACAAGUAUAAUUCCUUAUCUCUAUUUUUUCUUUCUUUUUGUUCUCAUUAUUCAUCGAUCCAUGCGAGAUGAUGAUAAAUGUUCAAAAAAAUAUGGACGUUAUUGGCAAGAAUAUUGCCGAUUAGUUCCAUAUAAAAUUUUUCCCUACAUAUAUUAAAACAGAAUCACAUAUUCAAUAGAAUUAUGUUACCAUAGCAAUUCUUUGAACAAACGCACAUACACCAAAACAUUGAAUAACACAAAUAAAUGUCUAUAUAU